AAACCGCGUCCGAGAAACGUGUAUCGUCCAGUUUACAACGCGUGUGUUCCGUGUCGUGUUAAAAAAUUUCAAACGUAUCCGCGCGAAUGUGGUCGAGACGAACGCACGCUGAUUCGCUGGCGCGUGCCCUUGCCUAGCGUAGCGAGCAACAGACGAAGAGACAGCGAAAGAGAGAGUAGGGUGUACAGUGCGAACGUCAGAGUGAGACGAGGGAUAUAGGAGGGUGGUAGUGCGAGAGAGACUGGACUGUGAACGCGGCAUGAAAAGAGAACUCGCACCAAUGGUGGCAUUACAUCAUUCCAUGUAUGUGUGCAUACGUGUACACCUUCUCUAGUAGAGAAUUGCUACUUUUCGUCUUUCUGCUUGGACAUCUUUGCGGGAAAUUUCCGGCGUUUCAUCAGGCUGCGCAAUCUGACGGUACGAGUCAGUUUUAGAGAGAGUGCUCUGUGCCCACCGCAGGAACGUUGCUGCCAGAGAGGUUAUGUUCGCUCGACACCCAUGACGCUCUGACGACAGUUCAAAACGGACGGAGCGUGGGUGGCAACGGUCUCCGUAGGAGGUGUCGAAGCUGGCGCGAGGGGCGGGAGAGUCAGCGGUGGCCUGGCUCUGAUUCCGGUGGUAGCGGCGGAAACGGAAGCCGCGACAGCAGCAGAUCAGAGAGAAGGACUGGAAAAGGCCGUUGGAAUCUGUUGGAGGUGGAGAUUUCUUCUCGUUCCCGGUGGUGGAAAGCUCGAGGACCUCCGUUGGCCACCGGAAGAAGCGUCGACGGCGUGACACUGGGCCCCGACCACCUCCGUGUGAGAAGGCAAGCGAGAUAAGGAGCCACUCGUCCCUCAACAACUACGUUUUAAGCUUCGUCGGGGCUGCACCGUCUCUUUCUCGAUCUCCUGCUUCUCACGAGACACCCUUUCCACCCUUAAACGGGGUGCCCACACGAUUGGCGUAUCGCUAGACGAGCAUCAUGAGCGAGCUCGAAAACCUUCGUCAGGAGGCGGACGCAUUGAAGAAUGCCAUACGAGAUGCCAGAAAAGCAGCAUGCGACACGACGUUGGUCCAGGCCACGUCGGGCAUGGAUCCUAUUGGCCGGAUACAGAUGCGGACGAGACGCACGCUUCGUGGUCACUUAGCCAAGAUUUAUGCGAUGCACUGGGGCAGUGAUUCAAGAAACUUGGUAUCGGCGUCGCAAGAUGGAAAAUUGAUCGUUUGGGAUAGUUAUACCACCAACAAAGUUCACGCGAUUCCCUUGCGCUCCUCAUGGGUGAUGACCUGUGCAUAUGCACCAUCCGGUAGUUACGUGGCUUGCGGUGGACUGGAUAACAUUUGCUCCAUCUAUAGUCUUAAAACUAGGGAAGGAAAUGUAAGAGUCAGCAGAGAACUCCCAGGGCACACUGGGUACUUGUCGUGCUGUCGAUUCUAUGAUGACAACCAAAUUGUCACUAGUUCUGGGGACAUGACUUGUGCCCUGUGGGACAUAGAAUCUGGACAACAGUGUACCUCUUUCAUUGGACACACGGGCGACGUAAUGUCCCUGUCGUUGGCACCAGACACGCGCACAUUCGUAUCUGGCGCAUGUGACGCGAGUGCAAAACUCUGGGACAUUCGCGAGGGAACUUGCAAGCAGACAUUCCCGGGUCACGAGAGCGACAUAAACGCAGUCACGUUCUUCCCGAAUGGAUACGCUUUCGCGACGGGUUCGGACGACGCUACUUGCAGACUCUUCGACAUUAGGGCGGAUCAAGAACUGGCGAUGUACAGCCACGACAAUAUUAUCUGCGGUAUCACGAGCGUAGGGUUCAGCAAGAGCGGUAGAUUAUUGCUGGCCGGCUACGACGAUUUCAACUGCAACGUUUGGGAUUCUAUGAAGGCCGAGAGAGCUGGAAUCCUUGCUGGUCAUGAUAAUCGCGUAUCUUGCCUGGGUGUUACGGAGGAUGGAAUGGCCGUAGGGACAGGCUCCUGGGACUCGUUCCUGCGUAUUUGGAACUAACUUGGGGUUAACCCCAAAACGUUCCUCCAAAGAACCAACUGCAGCCAAUCAGCAUACAGUAUAAGCAUUAAGUACCACCACUUGACCACCGAAGUCGGCGUGUCCGUAUCCUCGAUGGAGGCCAACUACUCGCCAGGUUCACCAGAGUUGACGAUGAUCAGAAAAUUUGGACAUACGAUAGACAGCAACAGGAGCAGUAAGAAAGGCCACGGCGACAGCGGUAGCAGCAACAGCAGCAGCAGCGAAUUUAAAAACGUUUUGGAUUGUGGUGGUAAAAAAGACUACCGGAGGCGCGUCGUCGACUUGAACUGGCGACGUGGCAAGGUCGGCGAUAAAAUCACUCGCGAAUACCAACGCUUCUAGUAUGAACAUCGUUCGCCCGACACUCGAAUGUAUGUAACGAUGAUCGAGAAAGAAGCGUGGCGAAAGGAAGAACGGCAGGACGGAGAGGAGCACCAAGGCUGCUGACAGCCAAAUCUCUCCAGAGUCGCGUACACGCUUCCUUUUUCUCCUCCCCUUUCUCAAGGAUCACUCGGCGUACCUCCGAAGAGCACGUGCUGUUACACAUCUCGACAGCUUCUCCUCGAAGAUCUUUCCCUGCCUCAAGGGUCGAGACAAGAAAUCGAUGAUGACACCACCGUGGGUCGGGUGUCGUUGGAAGCGUUUUAUUACAAACAAAAGGUUCCGAGCGUUCACUGCCGAUGAAGCGCCGACAUGGCUGCUCCGGCGGUUGAUUUUAUGUUCUUUUCGACACGCACGAAGCAAGUCGUACCAGGCGAGACACGAUGAAAGAACAAAAACAGUCGCUCGUGCACGGCACAAAAGCAAACACGAUCAUGAAAAUUAUAUAUACAUAUACGUAUGUCGACGACGAGCAGCCAAGGUUACGAUAAUCUCGCAUAUUGCAUUCAACCUACACGCACACAGUACGCACGUGUAUUAAUACGUACAUAGGAAACUACAUACAUACAUUUGCACAAGAAACGCGAAGUAUCGUAAACAAACGGCAUCUGCCAUUAAGUACAGAGAGUCAUCCACGAGCCCCGACGUAGAAGUCACUAUCUCUUGAUCAUGUUAAUUUUUUUCUUUUUGCUAUUUGAUUUAUCUUAUUUUUUCAAUUUCGAUCUCUUUUUUCGUAAGCAAAAAAUAACAAAAAAAUUAACCGAAGUAUCAGAGGAGAUUGCAUCGUUUCUUGUAUCUGUAUCCGCCGAAUUUGCAUUAAUAUCUUUGAUUAAUUUUUA